UACAGAAACGAUGCCAGGAUGAUAAUUGUGACGACACGGCCAUGUGGAUUUCCUGUGAACCAGACAAAACGCACAAGGUGAACACCUUUGCAGGAAGACUGGGGGUUCGGAUGCUUCCCAGUUCUCCUAAGAAUGCUGGUUUUGUUCUGUGCAACAAUGAGCAUCCUGUACUGCGUUACCUGGUGUGCAGAGGAUCUGAACAGGCCAGUCGUUUUAACACAGACCGUGAGGUAGUGACGGUAGUGGAAGCAGACAAUACAUGGACUGACAUUGGACAGGUUGGCGAUAACGUGUACAUGAUCGGCCCCUGUGCGAAGACGAAGGAACAGGUGAAAGAACAAGCACCUAACCUCCACUUCCUCGAGAGUGGUGAAACUGUGCCCCUCGCGGUUUCCACGGGCACAGCAGACCAUGGUAACAUCACUGUCAGUAGUGGUGAUCACGCACCAAUCACCGAGAGUGACAUGGAACAACACCCUAAGAUCGUGACAGUUGUUGAAGAGGACCAAGGGAAGAGAGAUGGACCAGAGGAAAGUGGCUCUACCGGGCAUCUACUCACCACGACUGAUCUGGGAGGCACAGACAACCACCAAGACCAAACUGACGACGUGUACCCGAGUAUCCAAGACGCCGUGUCGUCGUAAGAAAUGCCUCUGAAGACCGUAUUUGCACAUAAUGGUGUUGAAUCUUAAGUACGCAUUGAUUCGAAGAUAGACUGUUUUUAAGGUAAAUGACAUGCUUUCAGAUGGUG